AUGGACCAUGGUCAUGCGACGCAGAAUGAGCUUCUGAGACAUGUGGCUGAGCACCUUAUAACGUUGUCACAGAUCUCUCUUGUCGGUAUUGAUGAUAGUGUGGCUCAUUCAGGAGUGGAAUCAUGCUCGUCAAGAGAAGAUAGCACCCGUGACGGUAGCCCUACAGGCUCCGACUUCUUUGCGGAGCGUCUGGAACUCAUUAAUGAGACGGAAACCCAAUAUAUAGACGAAGACUUACCGCAGGUCUCCUGCCCUCCAAGUACGGAAAGCCUGCAUUGGGAGUUCGUCUUGACACAAUUUUCACAAGCCGAUUCGAAAAUCACACACGACCCUAUUAUCCAGUCAAUCAUUGAGCACAACCAACGAAAUACACCCGUCUUUCAUACACAGUAUCUAUCAAACGAGAACAGCCAUCUAACCGCAGCCUCAGCUCAACUGAGACAAUCUUUGAUUGAGGCGGAGGUUAGGGUGUUCUUCCAGGGGACUGAGCAGGCUUUUGUACCAGUUUCGUCGCGCAAGGAACUUAUCACAUUGACAGCCGUAUUGGAAAUAUUAUACGAGCUUGGAGUCACAGACAGAGCUUCAUCGACAGGCCUUGCGCGUGUAAUCCUAGAGGAAUCUAACAUUCUUUUCGCUAUCCUGAUCCAUCAAAACGAAGAGGGCUCUAUCUUGAAAUUCAUUGAGGAAGGAAUAGGAGAUGAUGACUUCCCAUUUAUGAUGUCUCAUGAUAACUCAGCAUUAGAAACGAAUGAUGGCAGAAAUAUUGGCUUCAUCGAAGACUGGGACAACGACUCAAUCAGAAGGCUAGAGUCCCAACAGUAUUGCCACCUGGCACCGAUUUUCCAUUACCAGCAACAUUACGAAUUGAGCGAUGGUUGUGUGUUUCCCAUCACCGAAAUGAGCGCCCAGGAAGAUCUCUCAACCGUGUUCAAGGCAUGGAUUCAUGCUGACCAUCAUGAUUUCUAUGCGGUGCCUUUAUCUGAGGUACGUUAA